AUGACUUAUGAAGACUUCUACGAUUUGAAAAUUUUGCAAGAAGAAUACGGGAGUAACUUUUCAAUAAAUACCGAAAACGAAAAGGUUAAAUGGCUCGAUAUAAAAAUGCUCAGAGUGGAAAAGGAAAGCCCAAAAAGCUUUUUUUACAAAAACUCUUAUGAGGAUGCAACAUUUAAAAUGGUUAACAUUUCUAGAGGAAAAAAUACCAGAGGCAAAGAAAACUCCGAACGCAAAGUGCGUUUGGUCAAAGCCUAUGCUAACAGAAUUCCACUAAGUGACAAUAAAAAAAGAGAUCUUAAAGAACUUGCCGAAAAGAAUAUAAUUCCUAAAUUUCACUAUAACACGUAUUUUAAAAAUGUUUUAGAAAUCUAA